ACGCGUCUCCGCUUCCGCACGAAGUAUUACGUGACAACAUCCGCUCCUCCGCUGUUUCCUUACUACGGCUAGUAAAUUAAACAGCUUUUUAUCAUGAAGUUAAUAUUAAUACCUACUUAAAACGACGAUCAACUUUGAACGUUUCGGCUUAAAAGCGAAAUCAUGGCGAGGAUCGGCGACAUCAUUCAUCUUAACGUCGGGGGCAAAAGGUUCAGCACCUCCAGACAGACUCUGACAUGGGUUCCCGACUCGUUUUUCUCAAGUUUAUUAAGCGGACGGAUAUCAACGCUUAAAGAUGAGACUGGAGCGAUCUUCAUUGACAGAGAUCCGUCUCUGUUUGCUCCUAUUCUCAACUUCCUGCGCACCAAAGAGCUUCACCCCAGGUCCAUAGAUGUGCACUUAUUAAUGCACGAGGCAGAGUUCUAUGGGAUCACGCCGCUGGUGCGAAAGCUGCAGCUGUGUGAUGAGUUGGAUCGCUCCUCCUGCGGGAACGUGUUGUUCAACGGCUACUUGCCUCCGCCAGUGUAUCCGGUGAAGCGCAGAAACAGGCACAGUGUGGCAGGACCCCAGUUCAGGGGGCCGGUGGAAAGGGCCCCUGUGAGGAGGAGUAACACAAUGCCGCCUAACCUGGGCAAAGCUGCCGUAGAGGAGAGGGGGACAGACUUCAUUAUACUCAGUUCUACCCGUCUCAACUCUGGUCCGGUCUCUGAUCCAGGCAUGGUCAGAAUCAUAUGUGGUCAUCAUAACUGGAUUGCUGUGGCUUAUGCCCAGUUUGUGGUCUGUUACAGGGUUAAAGAGUCGACUGGUUGGCAGCAGGUGUUCACCAGCCCUCAGCUGGACUGGGUGAUCGACCGAGUGGCUCUUAAUGCCAAAGUCAUGGGCGGUUCUCUAGGGGACAAUGAUAAGAUGGUUGCCGUUGCAUCGGGCACAGAAAUCAUACUGUGGGCGAUCUGUCCCGAUGGAAACGGCAGUGAAAUCGGUGUGUUCAGUUUGAACGUGCCGGUGGAGGCUUUGUUCUUCGUAGGAAAUCAGCUCAUCGCCACGAGCCACACGGGUAAAGUGGGAGUGUGGAACGCUGUCACGAAACACUGGCAGAACCAGGAUGUGGUUCCUAUCAACAGUUAUGACACAGCCGGAUCAUUCCUCAUUUUGGGAUGCAAUAAUGGAUCUAUUUACUAUAUAGAUGUCCAGAAGUUUCCGUUGCGGAUGAAGGAUAACGAUCUGCUGGUGACUGAGCUGUAUCGAGAUCCCACUGAAGAUGCGAUUACUGCUCUGAGUGUCUACCUGACGCCCAAAACAAGUGACAGUGGGAACUGGAUCGAGAUCGCGUAUGGCACUAGUUCAGGCACGGUGCGUGUCAUAGUGCAGCAUCCGGAGACGGUGGGAUCCGGUCCACAGCUCUUCCAGACCUUCUCCGUGCACCGCAGCCCUGUUACCAAGAUCAUGCUGUCUGAGAAACAUCUCAUCUCUGUGUGUGCAGACAACAAUCACGUCCGUACCUGGACGGUGACGCGUUUCCGAGGCAUGAUCUCCACUCAGCCGGGCUCCACCCCCCUCACCUCCUUUAAGAUCCUCUCAUUGGACGAUAUCGACGGCCAUGGAGGCUGUGCUGCUGGAACUGAAAUAGGUCCGUAUGGGGAGCGCGACGAGCAGCAGGUGUUCAUCCAGCGGGUGGUUCCCGACACCGAUAAACUCUACGUGAGGCUCUCCUCCAAUGGGAAGAGGGUGUGUGAGGUGCGUUCGGUGGACGGGACGUCCAUCACGGCGUUCGUGGUGCAUGAGUGUGAGGGAUCCAGCCGCAUUGGGUCCAGGCCCCGCCGGUACCUCUUCAGCGGACACAGCAACGGCAGCAUCCAGACGUGGGACCUCACGACGGCGAUGGAGAUUGCAGGGAAAGUGGACAUCAAAGCUCUCGGAGGUCCCACUGAAGAGGAGCUGCUGGAGCUUUUGGACCAGUGUGAUCUGGCACUGACCCGCACACCUGACAUGAGUCCCGCCGCGUCUCUCACACACUCCUCACGCAACUCCAUGUGCAGUCUUCAGUCUCAGUUCAGUGAAAUCGCUCGGGCUGCCGGUGGUUUUCGGGGUCCGGUUCCUCUGACCGGUAGUCUGCCCCGUCAGGCCCCGCUGGUCCCCCUCAGCAAACCCCGUGAGCCGCCCCACCUGGGCCUGAGCCAGUCAUCUCUGGCCGGCAGCGACGGCCUCGGCUCCAUCCGCAGGGGCAGCUUUGUGGAGCGCUGUCAGGAGAGGGCCAAGAGCUCGGACACGGCCGGCCUGGACGCGGCCAGACGCAGUUUAGCCAUGUGCAGUGAGCUCGACGCACGACUCGGCCUCAGAAUGCAGCCGUCAUUCUCCACACCUUCAUCAUCAUCAUCCUCCCCUUCAGCAGCAGCAUCCAUGAGAAGACCAGCUUCGGCAGCAUCAAGUCCUGCUCCUUCACCGCUCAGUCCAGCCAGAUCACAGACACCCGCGUCUCCAAGACGACCUCUGACCUCUCCGACCAGUGAGAGCCCGUCCAAUGAGAACGUACCUGGGCAAGAAAGCCCCGCCUCUUCAUCUUCCACCAGCCCCAAACCUCAUAUGAAUGAAACCAGCUUCUGAGAGGAAAGCCAACACAGUGGUUCUAAAUUAUUAGAUUGAAUGUUCUACCCAUCAACAGAACUAUAUUCAGAAAUACAGAAUUAGUCAUUGAAAAGUAUUUGUGUAUAAGUAUAUAUAAAAAAUUAUAUGUAUACUUCUUUUAGAACAGUAUUCUCAAUAUCAGAGAAUAUAUACAUUUGCUUGCUGCCCAAUGUGUCCUGUAGCACCGACGGACCUAAGAAGAAGAUUGAAUAUGAUUUAUAUAUUUAUAUAUGAUGAUAUUCACAAAAACUGAAUAAUUUCAAAUUCUGAAUUAUGAUAACAUAUUAUAGCAUUUGCAAAAUAUUUCUUUUAGAACAGUGUUCUGAGUAUCACUGGGUGCCUUAUAAUAUAGAGUUAUUAUGAGAAUAUGGAACAUCAUGUAAAAGAGGGGAAAAAAUCCCAUUCCACAAACACAGAAGAACAAAGUACUUUUCAUUUGUACAUUAAGGGCAGAUGUGUUUUAUCAUAUACAAAAAAAUACUUUUUUUUUUUUUUUGGCAUGUUAACAUACUUCCCAAACUUAUGCAACUGAAGACAACUAAACAUCACUGGAAAGUCGAAACACUGUGUCGCUGGUGCAGUUGAAACAUUGAUCAACCAAUCGAGUGAGAGUGGGGCGGGGCAGUGUGUUUAGCCAGCCAAUGACAGGAUAGGAGCGUGUCUAAGCAGCCUAUUUGAAAAGGUGAUUAUUUGAUGAGUUUCAUUAAGUGCUGCUGCUGGUGCAGAAGUUACACGUCAUCAUCCUGAGGCUGUAUCUAAUAUUACUGACUGACGGGGUUAUGUUAUUACUACUGGACAGCUCAGUGCUGAUUCUGACGUCUAUAGAGCAGGAUGGGCUUCUGUAUAUAUCACAGCGUAAUGGGAGCAAAUAAGAUGCAGAUGAAUUUAAAUCAAUACUUAAAAAUUCACUUAAAGUAUUUGUAAACAGAAAAUGUGCAUUAUAAAUUACCAAGAGCAUUAGUUUUAUUGUCUGAUGACAAUAAUAAUAAUAAUAAUAAUUAUCUGAUAUAGCUGUAAAGAAAUCUCAUGGUUAAUGUCUGUAAUAAGCAGUUUACAGGUGGUUCUUCUAAAACAGAAGUAAAUUAACAUGUUAAAAAAAAGAAAAUUAAAUUGUAUAUGUCAGCAUGCAUUGCAAAACAGAGCGAGAGAUGAAGAGGACGCUAAUAGUGUAUGUAGCGCUUGCAGCUCUGUUACAGGCAACACAGUGUAUAUAUAAUCAGCAAACUUUCAGCACGGUUUGCACACAUACACACACGAGUACAGCCUGCACUUCCGUUACGCCUCAGAGGACUGUUGUGUGUAAAUGCAGACUGCCGUCGGAGGAUCAGUGUGCCUCUGAGAUGGUAAAACGUGGCUGUUACUGUAGUAGAAACAUGAAUUACAUCCUAAAGUCAGCUUGAAUUUGAAUAUGAAGUCUGAAUGUUCACUGUAUUCAUAUCAUCUCCUUUUUGGUUCAAAUAUAAUCUAGUAUUUCACCCUGUUCAUGACAAGAUUGACAAUUUGGUGUCUCUGGCAGAUAUUGUUAUGAUUUAUUGGUUUUUACAUUCUUUUGGAGAUGAAGUUGUUAAUGCAAAGAACCUUACUGUGUUUAACAUAAACCAUUUGAUAAGUUA